CCGCCCAUAAAUCUGUUCACUCUACUGUUAAUGAAAACAGGUGUUAAUCGGAGAGUUUUCACCGGAAGUUGAAUUAAUUUUACUUGAUAGCGUUAAAAGAGCAAACAGUCGAUUUGUUUGUACAACUAUGAACCAACGAAGUAAAAACAUGGACUUCGCCGACACAGACGACAACUUUAAGACGAAAUACUCACACAUGAGGAAGCAGCCUUCAUAUCCAGAGGACAAAGUUCCAGGAAGCAGUAAUAAAGCAGUACAUAGACUUGCAUCGGCACAUAGAUCCAAAUGGUCACACAAGGAGUUGAAAAGCUACAGUAAAGUUUUACACGAACUGUUGGAAGAUAUUUCCAACAUCCCUGAAAGGUUUGACAGCGAUGAGGACCUGAGUGGGGUGUGUGCUGCAAAUGCCCUUCAGGAUUCUCAGGUGCUUUUUACAGAAACAGAUGUGACCCUGCCGUCCUGCCUGAAUGGCAGCCUUGGAUCCCAGGAAACUGAGACUGACAGAGACAUGCACAGACCACGACAGCUGUCUGACUCCCGCCACUCAUCUUCAUCAGUCAUAGCAAAGGUUUAUCAAGAGAUGAUGACUGUCUACAAACAACUGAGGACAGAACGACAAAGCCAGCAGCAGUGGGAGAGGCAGCUAUGGGAGCGAGAGAGGAGGCUGAAGCAACAGGAGGAGGCUCUUGGGAGUUUGGUGGGGCUUGAAGACAAGCUGCGCUCUCAUAUCCUCGCUGUAGAGGAGAAAUGCCAAGAUCAAGUACGCCAGCUGCAGGAUCUUCUUCGAGAGAGGAACAAGGAGAACAAGAGGCUCAAGUCCAGCUUUGACACCAUCAAGAACCUGAAUGACCACAUGAAGAAACAGAUGAAUGACAUCCAUGAACAGAAUAAAAAGUUGGAGAGCCAGUCUAAGAGAGUUCAGGCUCGGCUUGAGAACCUGCAGAGGAAAUAUGAGCACAGCGUAGCAUCUAGAGGAUGUCAGAAAGUCAGCACAGAAUGUAUAAAACCACCCAAAAAAGAGAAAACUUCUGCCUCUGGAAAAUCAAGCAACAAGGCUCUCCCUGCCUCGACAAAGCUCCUAUCCCUUUUAUUGGACUGGGUACUUGAUGGACAGACAUCCUCACCGGCAGCAGGGAAUGAUGGGAAACACAUAGGCCACCGUCUGCCUCCGGAGAUCCUGCUGAACGAGAGAUGCCUUCAGGUGCUGCCAUUAUUGGCGGAUCAGCUUCAUGGCAUGCCUUUGUCGGAGCCCACACUCCUACUCAACCUUCUGCGCCUCAUUCACUGGGCUUUGAGAUGUUUGGACAAAGGCACACAGCAUGUAGCGCUAUCGGCCACUCUGCGGCGGAUAGGAGAGGAGGUUUCAAAGCCAAGUGUCCAGUCAGCAGUGAAUCAGUGUGAAGAUCCAGACCUAACCCAGUCCUCCAGGAACUGGCCUCUUUACCGGAGCCCAUGUCCUCAGACAAGAAUCCUCUCCAGCCUCAUCAUCCUGCACACAGUCACACAAGCUGAUGUGCUGGCCCAGGUUUUGGACAGCCUACAUACUGAACUGAUGUGUGAGGAGAGCCGUGGCCUGUUCAUACAGUACGGAGGUCUGCACACGCUGCUGUCGGUGCUCCGGGCCGGACGUGGAGGACUGAAAACACCCAUAGACAUCCUGAUGCAGCUUGCCGGACAGUCCCGCUACCUAAAAGCUUUCCUGGAAGCUUGUAGCUGUGAGGAGUUUUUCCAAACGGCUUCCCAGCUCCUUAAAAACCCCCAUUUGGAGCAUCCAUCAUUGGAGAAGCUCUCCAUCCUUCUUCAGAAGCUCUCCAGCAUCAGAACGAACCGUCGUCUCUUUGAACUUUCUUCCCUCCACCUCCAGAUACAAGAACUCCAACACAAAAGCGGCCACGCAAACACCUUCCUCCGCCUCAACCUCACGUCCAUCCUACACAAUCUUAAGUAACUCAGACAUAAAUGUGUUUCUCUGCCUGUUUUUUUUUUAACCCAAUUUUAUAGUUUUGGACAAAAAUGAUUUGCCUUCUGUAUCAGCAGUUCAUUCCAUUCUCGAACACAGCUGCUCCACGCCGCCCUACCUCAUGUAACAUAUGCCGCCGCACAUUCUUUAUUUAUCCGGCAAGAUGUUUUUGAAGUCCUUUUUGUCUGUCAGAAGUACUUUUUUAACAUUGCGUAUGUUUUGCACUUUGUGAUCCAUCUGUUUUUGCGUUCACCAAUGCUAAUCUGAUGUCUCUCUGUGAUGAAAAAGCCCCGUUUUUAAAAUGAGUGUCACGCUUGCCAGUGGCUUUAAUGGCUGUCUCAUGUGCUCGGAGGGAGAGAGGCUGCAACUGUGAAGCUUUUAAA